UACAACUGAUAGUUUAAAAAACAAUAAAUAUAAACAAUAAAAGCCAUGAGAAGAACCAAUUCUUUAAGUUCUAGCGAAUUUAGUACGAGUAAAUACAGUUCCGAUAGCUUAAAAAAUAAAAUGAAAGACAUGGUGUUUAAUGAUGCAAGAAAAAAGUCUGUUGCUUUCAGACGGAAGUCUUCUGUUUCAAUGUUAAGCACAUCCAAACAAAAACUUCAAGAUUCGUGGAGAGAAGAUAAAUCACAAAUUCCCAAGAAGGAAACAGAUGCUCACGAUUUGUAUAUGUAUAUGACUGAUUUGAACCCGAUCAUUGACAACAAAAUUAAAAAAUUCAAAGGAGACGAAUUCAUAUACCUAACCUAUACGGUUCCAAAAAACAGUGAAUAUUUUACUCCAUAUAGUUUAGCGGAGGUAGAAUUUAAGGAUAUAACCAAUAGAAGCCAAUACUACACAAUGAGCAGACAUGGAGUUACACUUUGGAGUAAAGCUGAAAACUAUUUUACCGAAUUAAAUCAAUGGCAAAAAGAAUAUAAAAUGUUCAUGACUAUUGUAAAGAUUAAGUGUUUUGCAAAAUUUAGAAUGUGGAAAGGGUUUAAGGCCUGGGAAAAGGCACUUAAAUGGAGGAAAUUCUAUGAAGCCUACACCUAUUUGAGUGAGAACUUAUUCUAUGCUAUUCCACAUCUAGCAUCGGCAGCUCUUCAAUUGCAAUCGGAUUUUUAUGAAUUGCAAACUUUAAACUUCAUUAACGUCGAAGUUAUUGAAGAAUGGCACCCAUUUUACUUUAUGGAAACUCACAUGAAAGUUUAUGAAGAAAUAAAACUUAGUCUCAAGGAAUUUCGUGAUAACGCACGAAACUAUAUUUAUGAAGCAUGUCACGAAGCAAUUAUAGCCAAAGGAUUUCUUCCUACUGAUGAAAUUGAUUUUUACUCAUCAGUGAAAAAAAUGCGUGAGGCAAUGAGUUUCAUGGAUCGGACUAGGAAGAGAAAUUUUUGUAAGCUUAUCUGCAACUUCUUGAACUAUUGUGAUAGAGUAGUUAUCUUUUUGCUUUAUACCAUAACUCGAAAUAGUUUUGAAACUCUUAUGAAUGUUUUCAAAAUUCACGAUGAUUUAGGUCCCAGUGAAGAAGAUUUAAAAGAUGAUCUGGGAUUUGGAGUUGAAAUUGAACCUCGACGACCAAGUGAUAAGCCACAGAAUCCUUUCUUUCUUGUGGAACUUUUGCUUAAACCUGAAAGUGUGGAUAUUGAACCUUCAGAAGAUUGCACGAAGGCACUAUUGUAUCAGCUGAUGAAUUUAAUUAUGGAUUGUGUCAUGGAGAUCAAGAGCUUUACCGAAGAUAAAAAAUAUAUAAUUUUUACCGAGCCAUCAAUAAUGGGAAGACAAGAAGAUCGGUUAGCUGAAGAAGCUCCAGAAGUGGGUUUUCUGUUUCGAACAGAUGAAUCAUUUCUAGAAAAUCGAAAACUCUUAUUUUCAAUUAUUCGUAGUGGAUAUCAGAAAGCCACACUCUACGCCGAGCGUUUUGAACAAAUUCGCCUAAAUUAUGAAGCUGAUGUUAAGACAGAUGCCAGUAUUAUAAGAAAUGAAAGAAAUCUUGAAGUCUUACGAGCAUAUUGUGAACGUUAUCAUAAAAAUAUGCAUUCAAUAGAUGGUAUGCUUCCUCAUGUGAAUCUUGGUUUGCUAAAACUUACACAAAACAGCUUUAAAGACACCAUUACACCAGAGUGCCUUAGACUUCUUAAUGUUCUAGAAAUAUAUUUGCCAAAACUUGCGAUCUCAGAAGUGGACAGAAUUAGAGCAAAAGCUGAAGAAUUUAUUGCUAAAUUAACAUCAGCUCCAAGCACAACUAUUGAACUUGUUGCACAUUUAAGAUAUUUGACAAAUGUUGAAGCUGAUCUUGAGGUUCUUUUUACAGAAGUUGACUAUGCUCAUGACUGUUUUAUUCUUAUAAAAGACUUUAACAUAUUAAUUGAUCAUGAGGAGAAGGAGAAAUAUAUGGAUACUGAGGACCUGGUUAUAACUUGCAAAGAGACACUGCAGGAAAAACGUGGUGAAAGAGAUAUAUUUAUUCAACAAUUAAAUGCAAUUCUUCAUGAAGAUAUAAAAUUGAUAUUCGAAGAAAUUCGAGAUGUAGCUGCAGAGGCUCAAGAAUUUAAAUUUUUAGAUAAAAAAUCUGAUGCCGACGAAACUAAACUCCAACUGGGUGCCCUCUUAGAACGUCUUAAUGAGUGCCAAGAAAAAGCACAGGAAUAUCGAACAUAUCAAAAAGAUUUUAAAAUUGAUGUUACACGUUACGAUGAAUUGGAACGUGCAUUUCAAGAAAUUCGUAUGCGCCAAAAUCUCUGGAACAGCAUUGAAGAAUGGGAGAGCUCCUUAGAACUGUGGAAGAAGCUAGGCUACCAACAUCUAAACGUUGAGGCGAUGAGCAAUUUGAAUGCAAAAAUAUUGAAAAGUUGCAUUCAAUUUGAAAAAUAUUUACCUCCCAACGAGUUGGUGCCAACUUUGAAGGCUAGUGCUGAGUUAUUUAGAGAAAAACUCCCAGUUCUGGGCUAUCUUAGGAAUCCCAAUCUUAAAGCGCGCCAUUAUACUGACAUAGAAGGUAUACUGGGAAUGAAAAUAUACAACGAAGAGAAUAUCCACAUUUCGAGCUUCGAAUCAGUCCAUGCUUUCGAUGAAGAGAUCUCAAAUCAGCUUAUGGAUAUUUCAUCACAAGCAACUGGUGAAGCUCAGUUGGAAAAUAUGUUGAGGAGUAUUGAGAAUAUUUGGAAAGAGACUGAACUUAUGAUAUUUCCUCAUCGAGAUUCGAAAGAUGUUUUUAUUUUGAUGGGAACUGAUGAGUUGCAAGUGAUUCUGGAUGAUUCCAAUGUUAAUAUCAACACAAUUGCUGCAUCAAAAUAUGUUGGUCCCAUCAAGGCAAAGGUUGACGAAUGGAUUUCAAUGAUGGAACAAUUUGGCGAAACAAUGGAGGAAUGGAGUAAUUGUCAAACAUCAUGGAUGUAUCUAGAAGCUAUAUUUUCAUCGCCUGACAUUCAAAGGCAAUUACCAAACGAGGCGAAAAUGUUCGCCAUCGUAGAUCGGAGCUUCAAGGAAAUUAUGAGAAAUUCCCUUAAAAUUUCUCUAGCUCUUCCUGUAAUGACAAAUGUUGAUACAUAUAAUACUCUUAAAGAACACAAUAAAAUGCUGGAUAGUAUAACAAGAGGUCUUGAAGCUUAUUUGGAGGUAAAGAGGGUGGUAUUUCCGAGAUUUUAUUUUCUAUCAAAUGAUGAACUUCUUGAAAUACUCGCUCAAACAAGAGUUCCUCAAGCUGUUCAACCACAUUUAAGAAAAUGCUUCGAUGCAAUUUCAAAACUGGAAUUUGGUCAGAAGGAGAGUGGGGAGGGGGGUAAAAUGGUGGCUACAAAUGAUAUUAUCGCAAUGCUCUCACCUGAGGGAGAAAAGUUGCUAUUUGGAAAAGGACUCAAGGCCCGUGGAGCUGUGGAAGAAUGGCUAAGUAAAGUAGAAGAAGCCAUGUUUCUGGCAGUUAAACGUUACAUGAAAUUUGGAUAUCAUUGUUAUCCUACUAAGGAACGUUAUAAAUGGUUUGAAGAUCACCCAAAUCAAGUAGUUCUUACGGUGUCUCAACAACAAUGGGCUGCUGAAAUUCACUCUAUUUAUGAUAAGGCUGACCAAACGAACGAUAAUAUCCUCAAAACGUUGAAAAAAUUUGAAAUGAAAUGCUUUGACAAUUUAUCAGCCCUAGCGGCAAUAACGCGCAAAGAGAUUUCAAACCUUUUGAGAAAAGUUCUUUGCGCCCUGAUUACAGUGGAUGUUCAUGCUAGAGAUUCAGUCACUAACUUAUUGGAGAAAAAUGUUGUAAAAUCAACGGAUUUUAAUUGGCUCAAGAUGCUUCGAUUCUACUGGGACGAUAUCAAAGAAACUAUGGUUUCACAAAUGGCUUCGGCCAAAAUUCCCUAUUACUAUGAAUACCUUGGUGCUGGGGGUGUACUAGUUCUAACACCAUUGACUGAUCGAUGCUACUUGUGUUUGAUGGGUGCUUUGCAAAUGGAUCUAGGUGGUGCUCCAGCUGGUCCAGCUGGAACUGGAAAGACCGAAACGACUAAAGAUCUUGCCAAAGCUGUUGCCAAACAGUGUGUGGUCUUCAAUUGUUCAGAAGGCUUGGAUUACAAGAUGAUGGGUCGGUUCUUUUCAGGCUUAGCUCAAUGUGGAGCUUGGUGUUGCUUUGACGAAUUCAAUCGAAUAGAUAUCGAAGUUCUAUCAGUGAUUGCUCAGCAAUUGAUAACAAUUCGAAAUGCGAAAGUUGCAAAUGUAAAGAGGUUUAUUUUUGAAGGGCGAGAAAUCAAGCUGAAUAAAUCAUGUUCUGUUUAUAUAACAAUGAAUCCGGGUUAUGCUGGACGAACAGAACUUCCGGAUAACUUGAAAGCCUUAUUCCGUCCAAUAUCGAUGAUGGUACCCGAUUACGCACUCAUAUCAGAAGUUAUUCUAUAUUCCGAAGGCUUUGAAGAUCCCAAAAUUUUGGCUCACAAAAUGGUUCAAAUGUACAAGUUGUGCAGUGAACAGCUGAGUCAACAAAAUCAUUAUGAUUUUGGAAUGCGUGCAGUGAAAAGUGUUCUAGUCAUGGCUGGUUCUCUGAAGAGAUCGGCUCCGAAUCAGCGCGAGGACAUUACUUUAAUAGCAGCUCUCCGUGAUUCGAAUAUUCCCAAGUUUUUGGCUGACGAUGCUUUUCUUUUUCGUGGAAUUCUUUCGGAUUUGUUUCCUGGCGUUGAGCUGCCAGAUUCAUCGCACCCAGAUUUGCAGCAGGGAAUGGUGGUUGGAUUGGAAGAGAAAAAUCUUCAACCAGUUCCAUCGACAAUUCGAAAAUGUAUUCAACUCUAUGAGACCAUGUGUGUACGUUGGGGUGUAAUGUUGGUGGGUCCAACGGGGGGUGGAAAGUCAACUGUUUUACAUGCACUAGAAUACGCCCUGACCUAUUUGUUCAAAAACGAAAUUCAAGGACCUCAAUUCCGACAAGUUGUUAUACAAAAACUCAACCCAAAGUCAGUGUCAAUGAAUGAGUUGUAUGGCUAUGUGAAUUUGAAGACAAUGGAAUGGCAAGAUGGAUUGCUGGGAUUGGCCGUUCGAACUGCUGUGAAUAACGAAGAUGAGAUUCACCAAUGGAUCGUCUGUGAUGGCCCUGUAGAUGCAGUUUGGAUCGAAAACAUGAACACAGUCCUGGAUGACAACAAAAUGCUUUGUUUAGCCAAUUCUGAAAGAAUAAAGUUAACUCCUUGGGUUCAUAUGGUAUUCGAAGUACAAGAUUUGGCACAAGCUUCUCCGGCAACUGUGUCGCGUUGUGGCAUGGUUUAUGUUGAUCCUGAUGAACUCGGUUGCUUGCCGCUGAUACAAUCCUGGAGAAAUGGAACGAUAACGAAAUUAUUGACUCCUGAUCAAUUAGAAUUUAUUCACGGUUUACUUAAAACAUAUUUUGAACAAUUUAUCAAAAUAAGCAUCAAACAUGGAACUUUUCCAAUUCACCAAGUUGUCACUUCUAAGACCCUUCUGUGUUGUGAAUUACUCACUGCUCUAAUAGAGACUGUGAAAAUAACAUCGAUGGAAUUAGACUAUGCAAAAAGCUUGUUGACUAAACUCUUUGUCUGGUCGACACUUUGGUCGGUUGCAUCGAAUUUCAAACAAGAGUCGCAAACUGUUUUUGAGGUGCGAAUGCGAAAAAUUCUUUCAAACGAAGAAAUAAUCAAUGAGCUUCCCGAGGACUCAAUCUGGGAAUAUCGUGUCAAUUUAGAGCAGAAUCAAUGGGAAAAAUGGCAAACAAUUCUCGAACCUUUCGUUUUUAAUCCUUCGGAUAAAUAUUUUGAUAUGCAAGUUCCAACUGUAGAUACAACUAAAUUUGGAUACAUUUGUCAGUUAUUGUUUCUAAGAAAAUUCCCUGUUAUGAUUACCGGUGAUACAGGAGUUGGUAAAACCGUACUUGCAAUGGCAACACUAAAAAAAUUAGCAACAAGAAAUUUCGUUCCGGUUUUGCUAAAUUUUUCAGCACAAACAAGCAGUAUUCGAACACAAGAAAUGAUUGAAGCUCAGUUAGAGAAACGUAGAAGAACUUUACUAAGUGCUCCAAUUGGAAAGUGUGUGUUAAUAUUUAUAGACGAUGUUAAUAUGCCUAAACUUGAUACCUAUGGCAGUCAGCCCCCAAUUGAACUUUUAAGACAAUUUUUGGAUUGCAAGGGAUUCUACGAUCGGGAGAAGUUAUACUGGAAAGAUGUGAUCGAAGUUGCUCUUGGUGUAGGAUGCGCUCCACCAGGUGGCGGUCGAAAUCCACUAACUCCAAGACUUGUUCGUCACUUUGCACUCCUUAAUCUUCCCAAACCAACUAAUGAAAUCCUUACUACAAUAUUUGCUGGAAUUUUAUCUGGAUUUCUAAAUGAGUUUUGUGCAGCUAUCCGCCCACUUGCAAUACCCCUAUGCAAUGCUCUCGUCGAAGUCUAUUCCCGCAUAGCUGAAGAAAUGCUUCCAACCCCAGAUAAAUCUCAUUACAUUUUCAAUUUGCGAGACUUAUCUAAGUGUGUCCAGGGAAUUCUUCAAUCGGAUAGUUCAAAUUACAGCACCGACUUACAAAUGUUACGGUUGUUUUAUCACGAAAAUAUGCGGGUUUAUUCCGAUCGCUUAAUCAAUAACGAUGAUGAAAAUACUUUCAAGGCUCUCAUGACAGAAGUUUGCCAAAAGCACUUCGAUAAAUCAGUCGUUACAGGAGGUGAAGUUUUACUAUUUGGUGACUUUAUGAUUUUUGGACAGAAUCGUGCCGAAAGAAUUUACGAGGAAAUAAAAGAUAUUGAGAAGUUAGAAAGUGUUUUGAUGGAUUUUAUGGAUGAUUUCAAUUCGACUACUGGAAAGGAUAUGAAGUUGAUAAUGUUCCAGGAUGCUUUAGAGCACACGGUAAGACUGGCACGUUUGUUAAGAGCUGAUCGUGGCAAUGGACUUUUAGUCGGAGUUGCAGGAAUGGGAAAACAGUCCUUAACUCGCUUAGCAGCCCAUGUUAAUGAAUACAAGUGCUUCCAAAUAGAACUAAGACGAAAUUACGAUAUUGUUGCUUUUCACGAUGAUCUAAGAAUUCUCUAUAGAAGUGCUGGGGUUGAGAACUGUCCGCUUGUUUUCCUCAUCGUCGACACACAAAUUGUCGAAGAGGAAUUCCUAGAAGAUAUCAAUAACAUUUUGAAUUCCGGUGAAGUGCCAAAUCUUUUUGAAGGUGAUGAAUACGAAAAAGUUAUCCUAGAUUCACGGGAAGCGUGCAAUGAUUCAAAUAAGGCUCAAGGUUGUUCUAGAGAUGACAUCUACAAGUUCUUCAUAAAUCGUGUGAGGAAUAAUCUCCAUGUUGUUAUUUCUAUGAGUCCAGUUGGUGAUGCAUUUAGACGAAGAUGUCGAAUGUUUCCGUCAUUGGUUAAUUGUACAACUAUUGAUUGGUUCUCUAGCUGGCCAGCUGAAGCACUUUACUCCGUUGCUAUUGGUGUCCUACAAGAUGUUGCUGAAAAGCAAAAAGAUCGAGAAAGUUUGGCAAAGACGAGUGUUUUUAUGCAUAAGUCGGUUGAAGAAGCUUCUGUCCAAUUUUACAAAGAAACGAAACGCCAUUACUACACAACACCAAGCAGCUAUUUGGAAUUGCUGAAGCUCUAUAAGAGUAUCCUUAAGAGUCGAACUGAUAUAAUUAUUGCUAAGCGAAAGCGUAUUUCAAACGGACUUAAUAAGAUUCUUGAAACCAAUAGAAUUAUUGCUAUAAUGCAAAAAGACCUCGAAGUAAUGGUUCCGCAGUUGGACGAAGAAUCAACAAAAAUGAAAGUCCUCUUGUCCAAGCUCGAAGUAGAUACCAAAAAUUCCGAUGCUGUUAAGGAAUCAGUUGCCAAAGAUGAAACUGUAGCCAAAGAAAAAGCUGAACUUUGUCAAACUAUAGCUGAUGAUGCAAUGAAAGAUUUGGAAAUAGCAAUGCCUGCCUUACAAGAAGCCGAAAAUGCUUUAAAAAGUUUAAGUAAGGCGGAUAUAAAUGAGAUUAAGGCAUUCACUACUCCACCGCAAUUGGUACAAUUUGUCAUGGAAGCUGUUUGCAUUUUACUCGGAGCUAAACCGACAUGGGCUUCUGCUAAGGUAAUUAUGGCAGAUGUCAAUUUUUUAAAACGUUUAAUGGAAUACGAUAAGGAACACAUUCCAGAGGCUACACUUAAAAAAGUGAAAGCUUAUAUUGACCACAAAGAUUUUGUUCCGGCGAAAAUAGAAAAAGUUUCUCGAGUAGCUAAGGGCGUAAGUUUAUGGGUAAUUGCAAUUGAUAAGUUUGCAAAAAUCUAUAAGGUUGUUGAGCCUAAAAUCAAACGUCAAAAAUCCGCAGAAGCCGAACUUAACGAAGUGAUGAAAGUUCUACGGGCCAAACAACAAGAACUAGCUGACGUAGAAGCCAAGAUUCAAGCCCUCAAAGAUUCAAUCGAAGUGAAAAGCCGUGAAUUUAAGGUCAUCCAGGACAGUGUCGAUCUAACUUAUGGAAGAAUUAACAGGGCUGGUCGGUUAACUUCAGCUUUAGCCGAUGAAGAAAUUCGUUGGAAAGAAACAGUGCAAGUUUUGAGCAAUGAGCUUUGGGCUGUUCCUGGUGAUGUGCUUAUUUCGUCAGCUUGUGUUGCCUAUCUGGGAGCGUUUUCAGCUGAUUAUCGAAGAAAUCUAACAGAAACUUGGGUUGCUGAAUGUCAAAAACAUGAAAUUCCAAGCAGUGAUGACUUCAGUCUCUUGGCUACACUUGGUGAUGCAUAUGAAAUGCGAUCAUGGACAAUGGCUGGACUUCCAAGAGAUACAAUUUCGGUAGAGAAUGGUCUUUAUGCUACAAGAGCACUUCGAUGGCCACUCAUGAUUGAUCCUCAAGAACAGGCUAAUCGUUGGAUAAGAAACCUCGAAAAGAAAAACAAUUUGUAUGUUUUGAAAAUGACCGAUGGAAACUUUUUACGAAUCCUAGAAAAUGCUAUACGACAAGGGUUUCCCGUUCUCUUGGAAGACAUUGAUGAAACCAUCGAUCCAGCAUUGCGUCCAAUUCUGCAGCGUGAAACAUUCAUUCAGGAGGGACGUAUUUAUUUAAAGUUGGGAGAAGUUGUCAUUGAUUAUGAUGAUAAUUUUAAACUUUACAUGACGACGAAACUAUCAAAUCCACAUUAUUUACCAGAAAUUUGUAUAAAUGUAACUUUGGUAAAUUUUCUGGUUACAGAAGCCGGACUUGAAGAUCAACUAUUAGCAGAUAUUGUGGCAAUUGAGCUGCCAGCCCUAGAAAUUCAACGAAAUGAUCUUAUUGUAAAAAUUAAUACUGAUAAACAACAGCUUUUGGCUCUGGAAGAUAAAGUUUUAAAACUUCUAUUCAAUUCGAAAGGCAAUAUUCUUGACGAUGAAGAAUUAGUUGAAACCCUUAAUGAUGCUAAGGAAACAUCUCUUAUCAUUGCUACUAGACUUAUUGAUACUGAAGAAACAGAGAAAAUGAUCACUGCCACACGAGAAAGAUACAGGAGUCUAGCGUCUCGUGGAGCAAUCUUGUACUUUGUCAUUGCAAGCUUGGCCGAAAUUGAUCCUAUGUAUCAAUACAGUUUGAAAUAUUUCUCUAUGGUUUUCUGUAAUGUUAUUCAAGUUGACCAUCCAAAAAUGGACACCGAAGAACGCAUAGCUCAGCUUAAGGAAGAAGAAUUGAAAGCCAUGUUUUUGAAUGUCUCUCGUGGUUUAUUUGAAAAUCAUAAAAUUAUUUUCAGUUUAAUUUUAUCACUUGCAAUUGAAAAACAGGAAGGCCGUUUACUUACAACAGAAUUCAAUUUUCUUACUAGAGGAAUUAUUGGAACUUUCGAGAUGAAACAAAAGCCACGUAAUGUUUUUAUGUCAUCUCAAGAAUGGGCUUUAUGCUGUUUUCUGGAGCAUACAUUCGAUGAUUUCAAAGGUCUUUGUGCUGAUGUUAAAAAUAAUUUCAUAUUAACUAUUGACGAAUUUAAAGAAGUCUUUAAUUUUGGUAAAACUAAAAAUGAAAGUACCCAUAAUUGGGAUGAAAAAUUAUCAAACUUUCAAAAACUAAUGUUGGUAAAAGCUUUUCGAAAAGAGAAGUUUACAUCUUGUGUUACUGCAUAUGUCCGUGCUACAAUUGGGUCUUAUUUUGUGAGUGUGUCCGGUGGAAGUCAGUUGAAAAAUGUAUAUCUGGACACAUCAAAUGUUACGCCCCUGGUUUUCGUCCUUUCAAGUGGUUCAGAUCCUAUGGCAGGUUUCUUGAAGUUUUCCGAGGAAAUGCAAUACACCGACAAAUUUUACUCAAUAUCCUUGGGUCAAGGUCAGGGUCCCAUUGCAGAAAACCUCAUUGAUCGUAGUCUUAAAACGGGCCAUUGGGUCUUCUUGCAAAAUUGCCAUUUAGCUACAUCUUGGAUGCAGCAAAUGGAAAAUAUUGUUCGAAAUAUAACUCUGGGCUUAACAAAAGCCCAUACCGAUUUCCGUCUAUUUCUCUCAUCGAUGCCUACUCGAUCUUUUCCGAUAAGUGUACUCCAGAAUUCGGUAAAGCUCACAAAUGAACCACCAAAGGGAAUCAAGGCCAAUGUUCUAGGAGCACUUGCUGAUCUCGAGAAAGACUUUUUCGAGCAUCAUGUACUCGGGCCAAGAUGGAGGGCUUUGGUCUUUGGCAUUUGUAUGUUUCACUCGGUCAUAUUGGAGAGAAGAAAAUUUGGUCCACUCGGUUGGAACAUUAUGUAUGAAUUCAAUGAAAGCGAUCGUGAGUGUGGAAUCAAGACACUUGAAGUUUUUAUCGAUAGAAAACAAAUGGCGCCCGAAGAUAUCCCAUGGGAAGCAAUUGCUUAUAUAAACGGAGAAAUCACUUGGGGCGGGCGAGUUACGGACUAUUGGGAUCUGCGUUGUUUAAAGACCAUUUUAAAGACAUUUUCUUCGCCCAUAAUUAUCGAUGUCAAUUAUACGUAUAGCAGUAAUCCGUUCUACCGGAAUCCGAGAAAAAAAACCCUUGAAGAAUAUCGAGAGUAUGUGCAGACCUUCCCUAUUGAUGAAGAUCCCGAACUUUUCGGAAUGAACCAAAAUGCCAAUAUUGUUUUUCAAACUAAGGAAACAGAUUUCUUUAUAUCCACCCUCAUGCUGGGACAACCGAAAGUAGCUAGUGACGAUAGCCAGUCAUCGGACAAUGAAACUUGUCUGGAAAUAAUUCAAAAUAUAAAAGAAGUUUUGGUAACACAUAUUUCUAGAGAAAAUAUGCAUCCAACGCUCUCAAUUUUGGAUGAUAGGGGUCAAAUCCCCUCACUUACAACUGUCCUCAUUCAAGAAACCGAUCGAUAUAAUAUAUUCCUGAAAAUCGUCCACGAUAGCUUAGUUAACCUUAACAAAGCCAUCAAAGGAUUGGUUGUUAUGUCGGAAUCAUUGGAAGAAGUUUUUUGGUCACUUCUUAAUAACAUGGUUCCGAAGAUGUGGACUGCUAAAAGUUUUCUUUCCAUCAAACCUCUACCAAAUUACAUAGCUGAUUUUCAGAGAAGAAUUGAUUUCAUGCAAAAUUGGAUCGAAUAUGGCUCACCACGUUCAUACUGGCUAAGUGGUUUGUAUUUCCCGCAAUCUUUUCUAACAGGAGUUCUUCAAACACACGCACGAAAAUAUCAAUUACCAAUUGAUUCUUUGAAAAUUGAUUUCUCUGUCACUGAGAGUGUUCUUGUACAACAGGAAUUCUUUGAAAAACAUCAGAAAGGCAAGCAGGAUGAAGAUCUUUAUGGCAAUUUGAUAAUCCCCGAAGUAGGAGUCAUUUGCCAUGGAAUUUUCAUUGAGGCAGCGCGAUGGGAUCGAGAGCAAGGAGGGCUUAGUGAUGCCCGCGAAGGAGAAUUAUACUCCCGCUUGCCAGCUAUUCAAUUCAUCCCAGUUCUGAAAAUGCACCCUGGUAACCGUUAUGAGGCACCCCUUUAUAAGACCCAAGCCCGUUCAGGAGUAUUGUCUACAACUGGACAUUCAACAAAUUUUAUUUUAUCAAUUUUAUUGGAGAGUAAGAAAUCCCCAGAUUUUUGGAUUUUGCGUGGGACAGCUUUGGUGUCGGCGGUAUCCGAAAACGAUUCAUAAUUUUCAAUUUAAUACUUUUUUAUUUAUUUUAUAUACGUUCUAAAAAAUAAAAUUUAACUUUCUUUUUUCAUGCA